UCUACGAGGAUCCUCUGAAAAUAGACUGACCCCAUCAACUUCACUCUCACUCUCUCUCACUCUAUUAACUCUCAAGUCACCGCCGCAGCAGCGAUUAACGAACCUCCUUUUAAGCCAUGGCCCACCUCAAACAAUCCAACCGCCGCCGCUCCUCCUCCUUAUGCCCCCGUCACCCAUCCGUCAAACCUUCCAGCGGUUUCUGCGCCUCCUGCCUCCGUGAACGCCUCGUAAUCAUAGAGACUCAAUCUUCCUCCCCAGCCGCCGUUCAACCCCCACCCGAGCUCCGUCGCAUCCGAUCCCACUCCGUUCGGAACAUAUCCGCCGCAUCCAUCUCGGAGCAGCCGCGACGGAGAUCCUGUGACGCUAGGUCAAGCGCGAGCUCUCUCCACGCCCUGUUCGUCGGUGACGACGAAGAACGUCUCGAUCACUCGAUUCGAAAACCAGUGGUCCCAGAUUUGAAAGAAGAGGAGGAAAAAGAAGAAGAAGAAGAUUACUACGACGGAGACGAUAUCAAAGGUUUUGAUGAUGGAAAACCAAAGAAACUCGUUAAAGAAGAAAGUGGCGAGCAGAAGAAGACGAUGAAGGAGUUUAUAGAUCUGGAUUGGGGAAGCCAAAUCAAGAAGAACAACUCUUCGAUUUGGAGCAGGAAGCUGAAGAGAUUCUCACUGAGUCAUCAUCACAAGGAGAGGAGAGAAGACGAGGCUCUCGCCGGCCGUCGUCGCUCCUGUGAUGUAGAUCCUAGAUUGUCUCUCGACGGAGGUAGGAUCUCGUUCGAGAAACCUAGGGCGUCAUGGGAUGGAUGUUUGAUCGAGAAAUCAUAUAGUAAGCUCACGCCAUUGUCAACUGUCACGGAAGCCUUACCUGAGAAGAGAGAAGAAGAAGUGGAGGAGGAGGAGGAGAAGAGUCCAGGCGGGACAGUUCAAACGAGGAACUAUUACUCUCGAAGAAGAAGCUUUGACCGAUCCAUUUCGGUCAAGAGACAAGGAUUGCUCGAGGUUGAUGAGUUGAAAUCUAUCUCCAACGCAAAGGUAUCACCUGAAACCGUUGGAUUGUUUCAUGGCGCUAAGGUAUUGGUUACAGAGAAGGAGCUUAGGGAUUCUAAUUGGUAUUCCAUCAAGAAUCAUAAACCAGAGAGCAAAGAGUUUGUCUCUAAAGGAAAGAUUUGUGUAGCUGCUAGUGAGAGGAAGCAGGAUAGUUUAGAGUUUAAGAAACCUAAAAAGAAAUGGGCAAAGGGAUGGAACCUUUGGGGAUUGAUUCAGAGGAAGAAUAAGGAAGUUAAAACCGAGCAAAGUUUGAAACUUGAAGGGAACGCGAUCGAGGGUUCUCUGGCUGAGUCUUUGUUAAAGCUUAGGAGAGUAUCUAAAGGAGAAACCAAUGGUGGUGUUAGUGAGAAGCUUUUGAAAAGCUACAGUGUAAGCGCUAGAAAGUCUUGUGACGGUGUGUUUAGUGGUGAUAAUAUUGCCAGUGGCUUUGAAGGUGGAAGGAGCUCGUGUGAUGGUCUGUUUCAUGGAUCUAUUAACAGUGUUGAGGUCGGGAGAAGCUCGUGUGACGGAUUGGUUAACAGCAUUGAGGCCAAACAAAGUCAUCAUCUUAACCAGAGAAAAGCAAUUGAUGGCACCAGAGAAAACCUUGACAACAGUUUGUUAAGAUUGUAUUUGACUCCGGUAAGGAGCCAUAAGGCUAGCAAAUCAGGAAAGAGUAGACUGAUGAGUUAGUUUAAUCUGAGAUUGUGUUAACCCAUGAAUACUCUGUGUAGUCAGCAACUAAUAUAUCUGUUAUUUUGGUCAAUAUAAAUAUGUGAACGAAGAUCCUAUUGCCAUUCUGUUCAUACAGUUGAAAAUCCUUAGUUUCAGCUAACUAAGGAGCUCAACUUUGUUGUUUAGAUAUGUUAUAGACGUCAAUUGCGUAGAUCUAUCUAUUUGGUGUAUAUAUCAG